AGCUACUUUUCGUGUAAGCGCCGAAACCACAUGCUCUCUUGGCACGUUCUAGACCCCUCCCGCUAAUCGAUAGAGCUGUGCCAGAUGGAUGGUAUUCCCCAAGCCCAUGAUGCCCACACUUCCAACCCUUCUGAGCUCCCAGAGCCCGCAAUCACGACCACAUCCACAACCACAACCACCACUAUCAUCGCCAGCCCGUCAAAAGAGAUUCUCACCAUCCGCGCCCCAGAAAGAUCCUUAGUCUAUCCCCAGGCGUCCUAGAUACUGGCCGAAAGCAUCGCCUGAACCACCGACCUCGACAGUCUCGCUCCACUUCCUGAUCGUCUCCUCACCACUGUCGAUCGAAACCACCGCUACUCAAAAAAGAUGCUGCCGUGCCCAUCAUAGCAGCCAGCCGUCGUUUCCCACCUGCCAUAUCACUACACAAACCGGGCGCCGCCUCAAGCUUUUGCUUGGCCUGAGCGCGAGCUCCCACAAUGACCCGCCGCAUUGUGCGCACAAUCACCCAGCUCGCGGGCGUGACCGUCGUCACAUUCCUCGUCAUCCUCAUCCUCGACCGCAACUACCGGGUCCUCCCCAAUGCCGUCCACGAGUACAUGCCCCAGCACCACCACGGGCUGGUGGUCACCGACCUCACGCUGACGACGUGCUCCUCGGCGAACCCCUUUUCGUCGUGCGACCUCGACAAGGCCGUCUGGCACCGCAUCGACAAGGACCUCUACCUGGGCAGGAGCUGGUUUGCGAGCGCGUACCUGCAUGUCCAGCGCAAGAAGGAGGAGGAGCUGACCAGCGAGGACAGCGUCGUCGUCGACGUCGCCGUGGGCAGGCGGGACCCGUCCGAGAAUGGCGACGACACCAAGGCAGAUAAGAACAAGAACAAGAAGAACAAGCAGUGGGAGUCGCGGCCGGCUGGGAUAUGGAUCCUACGGUCGGAGAAGCGGCACGCGAGCGACUCGGACAAGGCCGUGACGGCGGUGGACGCGCUGUUUGGCGACGACGCCGUCGAGGCGCGCGACGGCUGGCACAUCCAGGGCACGCCCUUGCUGCUCGACACCAAGGCCGAGUCGGUGCACCUGACGGUGCGCCGCGGCAGCCCCGUCGAGCCCGUCAAGCCGCAACCAAAGGUCAGGGAGAACGGCAGGUUCAAGAUCAUGCAGCUUGCCGACAUACACCUGAGCACCGGCGUGGGACACUGCCGAGACCCGGUGCCCAACGAGUACGCCGGAGGGCCGUGCCUCGCCGACCCGAGGACCCUGGACUUUGUCUCGCUCAUGCUGGAGGAGGAGAAGCCGGAUCUGGUCGUCUUGAGCGGCGACCAGGUUAAUGGCGAUACGGCGCCAGACGCCCAGACGGCCAUCUUCAAAUAUGCCCAGCUCCUGAUAAAGCACAAGAUCCCGUACGUGUGCAUCUUUGGCAACCACGACGAUGAAGGACUGGCCGUGUCUCGGGCGACCCAGAUGGCGCUCAUCGAGCAGCUUCCGUACUCGCUGUCGGUCGCCGGCCCGGACGACAUCGACGGGGUGGGCAACUACUACAUCGAGGUGCUCGCGCAGGGCGCGUCCAAGCACUCCGCCAUCACAAUAUACCUGCUCGACUCGCACUCGUACUCGCCCGACGAGCGGCACUUCCCGGGCUACAACUGGAUCAAGCAGAGCCAGAUUGACUGGUUCACGCGCACGGCGUCGGGCCUCAAGAAGCAGCACAAGGAGUACACCAAGAUCCACCUCGACGUGGCCUUUAUCCACAUCCCCUUACCCGAGUACGGGCUGCCGGAGAACCCGAAAGUGGGCGAGUGGAGGGAGGGCGUGACGGCGCCGACGUUCAACUCGGGCUUCCGCGACGCGCUGGUCGAGCAGGGCGUCGUGAUGGUCGGGUGCGGCCACGACCACGCCAACGAGUACUGCAUGCUCUCGUCGACCUCGCCGCCAGACGAGGAAGAAGGGGCGGAGCAGACAGGCGGGAAGGGGGGCAAGAAGGGAGGGAAGCGGUCAGACAAGUCCCCCCGAGAUGGAGAGCAGGAGCAGGAGCAGAAGCAGACCAAAGUCAUCCACCCGGAGCUGUGGAUGUGCUACGCCGGCGGCGCCGGGUUCGGGGGGUACGGCGGGUACGGCGGCUUCGUGCGGCGCGUGCGCUUCUACGACUUUGACAUGAACGUCGCGCGCAUCACGACGUACAAGCGCGUCGAGUACGUCGCUCCCCCGGGCGGCGGCGACGACGCCGGGCGGCCGGUGCAGGAUAUCAAGGCCCGCGUGGACGAGCAGGUCAUUGUCGACGGAGGCGUCGUGCAGCCGCCCCCUGUCGUCGAGGAGGAGGCGGAGGCUGCUGCUGCUGCUGAAGGCGAGCGGGGAAAUGGACAGAGGAGGAAGAGGAGGCGGUAGUGCUGCUGACUUUUCAAACUUGGACUUGGAGAAAGAAGAAGAAAAUCAUAGUGCAGUUAAUUUUGGGCGAAAAAACAAAGGACUCGAGAGAGAACGUCGUGGCUUUGGCACGCGCGGCGCGACUGGGCUUGGAUAGCAACCUAGCCUUUUUCCAUAUGAAUAUAUAUAUACACUAAGUACGGAA